AAUGAGAUCAUCCAUAUAUACACUUUGAGGUUUACGUGGCCUUCAAGCUGUAGCAUUUACAAGAUACAACAACGAUUUCAUUAGGUCAUUUCAUAGUCUGUGUUUAGAGUUACAGCUUACGUUUCUUCUGUUUUGGCGGUUUGAGUUGUAGAGUUUAUUCGAAACGCUUCUGAUCAGCAUAUUCUCUUCUUAGAAAUCUAUCGCUGACAUUGUUGUUUGCUGGGAAUGUGGCUUCUCUGAGUUUUUUAGGGAGGUUUUAGAAGAUGGGAUUUGUGAGCAGUUUAUUGGGAAUUCUUGGUUUUGGAAUCGGAAUUUCUCUUGGACUCUUGGUGGGGUUUUUCCUUUUUGUUUAUUCAAAGCCCGAAGAAGUUGAGGAUCCAGUUUGCAGACCACUUUAUGAUUUAGAUGAAUUUGCCUUGCAAGAUCUUCUUCCUGAAAUUCCACUGUGGGUGAAGAACCCUAAUUAUCAUAGAGUAGACUGGUUGAAUAAAUUUAUUGCAGAUUUAUGGCCUUACCUUGAGAAGGAAAUUGCGGGAACAAUAAGAAGCGUUGCUCAACCUAUAUUUGAUGAGUACAUUGGGAAGUUUCAGAUUGAGUCAAUUGACUUUGAGAGAAUAGAUAUGGGAACUCUUCCUCCUAUUCUUAACGGUCUUGAAGUCUUCGAGACGAACGAUAAUGAAUUAAUCAUGGAACCAUCAAUUAAAUGGGCAGGAAAUCCCAACAUAAUUCUGGUGUUAAAAGUUCUGUCUCUACGAAUUACAGUUCAGUUAAUAGAUAUACAAGUAUUUUUGGCGCCAAGAAUAGCUUUCAAACCGCUCGUGCCUUCCUUUCCGUGCUUUGCUAACAUUGUGGUGUCUUUGAUGGAGAAGCCUCAUGUAGAUUUUGGAAUGAAAAUAUUGGGAGCCGAUAUCAUGUCCAUACCCGGCCUCUAUCGUUUUGUUCAGGAGACUAUUAAAAAGCAAGUUGCAAGCCUCUACCUCUGGCCUCGGACUCUUGAAAUACCUAUCCUUGAUGUUUCAACAGUGGCUGUAAAGAAGCCGGUCGGAAUACUACACGUGAAUGUUGUUCACGCGGUUAAACUCUUGAAGAAGGAUAUCAUAGGAUCAUCCGAUCCUUAUGUCAAGCUCAGCCUGACUGGAGAUGGGUUGCCAGCAAAGAAAACAACUAUCAAGAAGAAAAACCUGAACCCCGAGUGGAACGAGAAGUUCAAGCUUCUUGUGAAGGAUCCCAAGACCCAACUUCUUCGGUUACAAGUCUUUGACUGGGACAAGGUUGGUGGGCAUGAUAGGAUAGGAAUGCAGUUAGUUCCUCUCAAGCAACUUACACCCCAUGUGUUGCAAGAGUUUAAACUUGAUUUGCUCAAGGACACGAAUAUUAGCAAUUGUACAAACAAGAAGCAAAGAGGGCAGCUUGUGGUGGAACUAACUUUUGUGCCUUUCAAAGAAGACAUAAGCAGGUUUAGUGGUGGAUUUAGCGGACCUAUUGAUUCAGCACAUAGGAGAAACGAAAGCGGAAUCGACAUGUCAAUGUCAUCAGAUGAGGGAACCCUAGGUGGAGCAGGUUUACUAUCGGUUAUUAUUCAAGGAGCCGAGAAUGUGGAAGGGAAGUCCCACAACAAUCCUUAUGCCAUCCUCCUAUUUAGAGGAGAACAGAAGAAAACACAUAUGCUUCGGAAAACUCGUGAUCCCCGAUGGAGCAAGGAAUUCCCUUUCAUGCUAGAUGAGCCACCUUUGAGUGAGAAAGUUCAUAUUGAGGUUGUGAGUAAGAGGACCGGCAUUAGUUUCCGUAGGAAGGAAUCUUUGGGAUAUGUAGAAAUCAAUCUACGAGACGUUGUGCACAACGGUCGGAUCAACCAGAAAUACCACUUAAUCAAUUCAAAGAAUGGAGUGAUACAGGUUGAGAUUAGCUGGAAGAUCAUUUGAGGAAUGGAGAAUGCAAAGCUCAGAAAUAGAGAGGGAAGGUGGACUUGCCUAGCUCAUACUAGAGCUGAAGCUGUGAAUUUAUAACAGUGUUAAUAUACAAAAAUUGUAGUAAAAAAUAUACAAAAAUUGUAUACGAAUUCAAAAAUAAUUUAAGUUCAUUUUUGGUUAAUGUGAUUUUAAUUGUCUCAAUUUUGGAUCUUGUAGUUUAGCAAA